AUGGAAGGUGCCGUGGUGCCUCUGCGCCACCGGGCCGCGGCUGCGCGCCGCGCCGGGGAGAUCAAAGAGAUCGUCGAAACCAUUGCCAGGCUAGAAGACCGCUUGCGGGCAGUGGAGGACGCUAAGCCUGCUGAAGAGUUUGUCGAGCCCUUGAGAGCCCUGGAUCGGCAGCUCCAAGAAUGUGAGAGGCGCCUGGCCUUGCUGCCGAAACCGGCCAAGGGAGUUAAGAGGCCCUCAGGCCCCACAGCUCGUGCAGCCGCGGCGGCGGCAGCGGGGAUUCGCGCCGCAGAGGCCAUGGCAAGAAGGCCUGCGCCCAGAGCACGGGGUGGUGCCGACGCUGCACCGCCCGCCGACAGGUUGGUGGUGCUGGGGCGAAGCCCCAAACGCCGACGAAUUGGCACAACAUGA